GCCUACCCCAGGUUAAACACCACUGCGCUAAAAGACUGGUGUGUUCCUGUGUUCAACCUAUGAUAUCAAAGUUGCCAUUGUACUUUUAACGCCUGGGCAGUAGGUGUGGUUAAAUCUAAAAAUCUUGUUUCCAAGACGCCCUAUAGUUUAUGGUUGCCACUCCCCAACGACAACCCCUGACAGAACUGACAGACACGUGUGGUAGUACAACGCCACCCCUCGAGUUAAAACCCUGCCUGAUGCUGUCACUUCGGACCGCAGUCCCCGAGCAGUGCGACCACAUCGCUCCAGUGACACGAUGGACGGCCUCUGCAUGUCCCGUCGCAAGGUGGCCGCCGUUGCCCUUGUCGUGCUAUGGGGGCUUGUCAUACACGUGGGAGAACCGUUGGACUCUAUGGGCACCGGAUCCCCAUUAUGGAGAAAGACCGGUCUUAUCGGCGCACCGACCAGGGCGGUUGUGUGCGUGGUUGCUGGGAUAUCCCUCCUGAUCUUGGGCUGGCUGCACCGGCUGCUCUUCUGCCCCCUGGAGCUGCUCCGGUCGCCGGAUGAUGUGGGCUACAUUGCGGAGGAUGGCCGCUCCCGCGCCCAGGCAGCCAACGAAGUGCGGCGAAGACGGAAGAUUGGCGAGCUGCCCCCCAUCUAUCCAAACGGCUGGUAUCGAGUGAUGGAUUCGCACAUGCUGCAAGUUGGAGAGGUGAAGAAUGCUACUGUUCUAGGGGAGCAGGUGGCGGUGUUCCGGGGGGACAACGGGAAGGCCUACGUGGUGGACGCCUACUGCCCCCACCUCGGGGCCAACCUGGGGGUCGGAGGUCGCGUGGUGGGCGACUGUAUCGAGUGUCCGUUCCACGGGUGGCAGUUUCGCGGCGAGGAUGGCAAAUGUGUGAAGAUUCCUUACGCUGAGAAAGUCCCUGAGUUUGCCAAGGUGCGGCGUUGGACCAGCUGUGACGUGAACGGUCAGAUCCUGGUCUGGUUCCACUGUGACGGGCUGGAGCCCACAUGGAACGUUCCAGAACAGCAGGAGAUCACGCGAGGAGACUGGGUCUACCGCGGCAGGACCGAGCACUUUAUUAACGCCCACAUAGAGGAGAUCCCGGAGAACGCGGCAGACAUCGCCCAUCUGGCCCACCUGCACACACCGGGCAUCGUGAGCGGAGUGGACCUGCGCUACACCAACAGUAAGACCUGGGAGUUCAUCAGACACGACUGGAAGGUCAAGUGGGAACCAGAGUCGGAUCCUAACAGCCAUUGCUCCAGGAUGCUGGUGAAACACUCUCUGACCGUGUUCGGUCGCCACUGGCCUCUCAUGGACAUCGAUGUUGUGGCCAGACAGGUGGGCCCGGGCGUGGUGUUCCUCCUCUUUGAGCACAGCUUCUUCGGCAAGGGGGUGAUCAUGCACUGCGUGACCCCCCUGGAGCCCCUGCUACAGUGCGUGUCCCACACCAUCUUCUACCAGGCCAACGUCCCCCCGCUGGUCCCCAAGUUCAUCCUGAGGGCCGAGUGCAUCCAGUUCGAGCGAGACGUGAUGAUCUGGAACAACAAGAAGUACAUCUCCAAGCCGCUGCUGGUGAAGGAGGACUCGGCCAUCCAGAAGCACAGGCGCUGGUUCAGCCAGUUCUACAGCCCCGGAAGCCCCCGGCUGGCCUACCAGCACGACACGCUGGACUUCUGACCCCUCUGCAGCAAAACAAAGACGACGGCCGGGCGGGAGGGUGCCUCCCAGCCCUCGGCCGGCUUGGGAUGGGGAGGGCUGGGGGCUGGAGGCCCUGGUGUAUAUAUCAACGCCGUCAAAAUGUGCGAAAAUUCAAAUUUCCUUGUAAGUAAAAACCUUGAGAACUAGAUGAAGCACCAGAGGGUGUCGGAGAACCGACUGCUACACCUCGUAUAACACGAGGUCCUCGCCGGCUCAGGGCCGUCCAAGACUGCAUCUGCUUGGGGUUUUUAACGAGGAUGUGCAACGAUUCGUUUUGGUUUUGAAUGCAGCACGACCCAAGCGAUAAAACGCAUAAAACCUCCUUCAGUCCGUUUUGAAUCCGAUGUCCAGCCUUUCAUACACAAGUGCCUGAAGACUUCACACCGUUGACCUCGUGGACAGAUCCAUCAGGUUAAGUGAUCCGACCCAGAAGUGAACUCGGCUCACACGUGAAGGUUGAGCUUGCAAGUCAUUACUAUUCAAGCAUUACUGAGCGAAGCACACCACAAAUGCCUGAUGAUUACCGGAUGAUUGUAAAAACAGCAAGGUCUAAUUCUGGUCCAGGUCAACGCAACGCAAGGGGAUUUACGGACCCUCCUUCUGUCCACCACAAGGGCCCAAUAAUUGUAACCUGUCGUAGAGGUGAUGCAGCAGCAAGGGCUGUGAUUGGUCCGCUCACUAAAGCCCGACACAGAACCAAAACAGGUUCUGCGUUGUCCUUGCGUUGCGUCGACGUGGGAGCAUAACUGAGCCUUUAAUUGUAGCUUAUAUUGUGAACAUGCUAUGCAUAAUCCCCAACCUCAGUACGAGGAAACUUGAGCAUGAGGCUUUCAACUGCAUGGUUCAGCAGCACUUGAAUACGCCAAACGUCCCCAGUGGCUCUGGUUCAGUGCUGUGGACUUGUGGGAAAACAUUGACCAUCUAGAAAAUACUAUAGGUCAACUAUAAAACAUAUCUCUUCAGCUUAUUACAUAUAUCACAGAAUGACCCCAUGACUCAAUCAAAAUGAUUGAAUUGUCUGCAAAGAAAAUACUUUCAGUUUGACUGAACUGGACAAGCGAGGUCAUUAAUGAUUAAUCAAACCGGGCGACGUGCCAAAUACUCGGACCUGGCAGCUGCACUUCAAUUAGCUUUGGGGUUUAACACGUGGAUAAACAACUGGGAUAAAGUGGUUCCAACUGAACACUUGUUCAUAUCUGUUUUGCAACUGAAGUAAUUCCAUUGACUUGGAAUUAUUCUCUUGAUUGUUUCCUUCAAAAUAUUCCCCAUUAAUAUAGGACUCCACAGCUUAUUUGCAAAAAUAUAUAUUUGUGUCCGCAACACAAGGGAGUGAAAUGAGUAGGGCAAUGUUUCUUUCUUUCUCUUUCACUUUUUUUUUACUAAACAUUUAAUUGAAUCUUAGAGACUUAAUUUGUUCUUGAUUUGUUUUGGUUAGUAUCCGAUACCUGAAGAGCAAGAAAGUAUUUAUUAAUGAUUUCUUUUUUUAUCGUUUUUAAGACUUUUGAGCCAAUGAUUUGCUUAACACUGUUAUAUGUUAAACUGACCUUACUGGAAAUAUAUGAUUGUUAUGUUAUUAUCCACAAAGGAGGUAGGGCUGUAUUGACUUGUUGAUAAGACUGACUUUGUGGCAUUGAAGGUCAUUACGUCACACAAUGUCCCGUUUGUAAUCUGUUUGUCAGCUCAGUUCACCAAAUGAAUAAACCAGCAACGUUGGAAAGCACAAUAGGCUACUACUAUCAUAUCAAGAUCUGACAUGAACUCUUUUCUGUAUCUCACAAAACUAUAUUAUUUUUCUAAUAUAAUUUACAUCAUUUGAUGCUACUGCAAUAAAAUAAAACACUGAAUCUACUGUGGUAGGAGGUUCCUGUCUGCAUUUGUCUGGAUGGCUCAACAUUUGAAAUU